UGAAUGUAAUGAAUACCUGUGUAUAAAGUAGUUGAAAUUGGUCCAUACACUACCAGAUGGAAUGGUACUAUACUAUGCAUACAUAACUGUAAUUGAGCAAGCAUUCUACUGUACAUAUAUUGUGGUAUUUCGAGCCAUUUUAAUACCACUAAUACGAGUACAAAUACAAGUAUCAUCAUACAUAAUACUACUUAUAUCGUCACUGUUGUAAAAAGCCAUUUAAACUGGCUCUUAACUGUUAGCACAUUUUAAUUAAAACUCCUUUUUACUGGUAUUACUGGUUCACCCUACGAGUUUUAUUUUGAAGACACGAUGUGCCAAUUUCCGAUGCUUUCCAGUUCGCGUCUGCGCAGUAACAGCAGAUUAGUGCAGGAAUUACUUGUCGGUUCAGUCAGACGGAGAGAAAUGUUUAAUUGUCUUUUUACUUUGUUACGUCCUUCUUUAUAGAAAACCAUGGCUGGUUCCGAGGACCAGAAGUUCAGCCUACUAGAGGUGCUCAACACUUUCAAGCUGUGUCUUACGGAUAAUAAAGAAGUCUAUAUUGAACACUACGUCGCUGGUUGGCGUGGUCUUGUAAAGUUUUUAAACAGCUUAGGGAGUGUGUUUGGCUUCAUUUCUAAGGACGCCGCGACCAAGAUCCAGAUUCUGAUCAACUACCUGAAUGGAGAGAAUGGGUCUCACUAUGUCACUGCCCAGUCAAUGGUAAAAUAUGAGCUGGAGAAUGAACUCGUGGACAUCACCAAGCGAGGCAGCCAUCCAGAGUCGGGCUGCCGUACUCUACUGAGGCUCCACCGGGCUCUCAGGUGGCUGGAGCUCUUCCUGGAGCGCCUUCGCACCAGCACGGAGGACAGCAAGACCUCAGUCAUGUGUGCGGAUGCCUACAAUGAGUCGCUUGCCCAGCACCACCCUUGGGUGGUGCGUAAAGCUGCAGGCAUGGCAUUCUGCAUGCUCCCUGGACGCCCUGCUUUCUUUGAAGUAAUGAAUGUAGGCUCCCCAGAGCAAGUUGUGGCCGUGCUGGGAGAAGCUCUGCCUUUAAUUUCCGAGGUGUACCAGAUCACAGAGGCUCUUUACGCUCAACAUAACCUACUUGACUUACCAUAGAGGUUAGGACGGUCCACCGUUUGCCACUUGUGUACACUGGCUGCUGAGCUGCUACUGCUGUUUGGUGAUAGUUGGGUUUUACUGUAUAUUCUGCUCAUUGUGUUGGGUGCAUAUAAUUCCUCAUCAUCUACAGAAGCUAAUCUUUAUGACAUUACCAGUUCUUAAUUUAGGGCUACUAUUAUAAUGCAGUGUAGUUGUAUUAUAUAUAACAUCUAUUGUAAUUUAGGUCUUGCAUUAAAUCUAAAUACACAGACUCACUACUAAAGUCUUUUCAUAAUUUAUCACAAAGUCUAAAGAAAAAGAAGAAAAAGAUUUUAACUAGAAGUUUCAUUUUCAAAAUAAAACAUAUUUGAAUAAACAAAUAUUUGGUUGUUUUAAGUUCACACAACAUUAAUUGAAUAAUUUAUUGUUUAACUUGGUCUCAAGUUUUAGUAUGUUAAAUAUUCAUUGAAUUUGGCAACCUAUUCAAUAAUCAAUUUGGUCACAUAAAACUCUGGAGCAGUGUCUUUUUUUAAUUGAUGUUAAUGUUAUUAACUAAUACCAGUCAUGGCUUUUUGUAAUUUGGGAGAUAUCUGAAGGGUCAAUAAUACUUUGAACUUUUUCAUUACCAUAAAUAAUAGUGUGUAUGGGCUCAGUGCAAUUUUCCAAUGUAUAAAUUACAAAAUAUGUAAUGUCAGUACUGAAUGUGAGGCAAAAUUAUUGAAUUUUGGUUUGUAGAGUAUUUUGACUCCUUAUAUUAAUAAAUGUUUAGGAGUGUAUUUAA